AUACAUUUAGCCAUGUUUGACAAAGUAUUAUUUAAUUUUUGAUAAGUAUCUUCUAUUCUUUAGAUUCAUUGGUAAUUUAAUCAUUAGCUAUGAAUUAUUUCAAAMUGGUAAACCAAAUGAAAGCGAAACAAAAAUCUUGGAAGUUGGUAAUUGGCUUGAAAAGUUGGAUAAUGGUACUGAUGAAUUUUACUUGUCUAUUAAGUCCGCGUUAAAACACAUAAAAGUGGCAAAUUUUAUUCAUAUGCUAUUUGCUGCAAAUGAAACUGGAGGAUUUAAAUGGUUACUUAAAGAAAUCGUUCCAUUUGACAACAUGGAUAAUAAAUCCAAAGCUGCUGUGUAUGCUAUAAGAGCUGCUAUAUUAGUUGAAUAUGGGAAAAGUCUUGAAUGUUUUAAAAAUGCAUCAAAGUAUGCUAAAGAAGCAUGUGAAUUGGAUUCUAAAACUUCUCAUUGGUUUCAUAUUUAUUCGUUGGCGUUGAUUGCACAAAGACAAUUUGUGUAUACACACGAGUUAUAUUCAACUGAGAGACUGAUGUUACAGAAAAACGCAUUGUGUCCUACAGAAAAUGAAGUUAACUUAGCAGUUCAACAAUCUAUUAAUUCUUCUGAUGGAAAAAAUACUUAUUCUAUUAAUUUACUAGUAUUAACUUCUUUAAAUGAAUUGUUGGUCGAUGAAUUUCAAGUGGCACAAAAUGGAUUACCUGUUUUUAAAACAGAUGAUUCAGAAUUUAUCGUAAGAUUUUAUUUUGUUUUUAAGAGGAAUGGGUUAUUUAUCAGAAAAGUUAAGUGUGAAAUUUUAGGUGAUAAAAAUUUGAGAAUUUCACUGUAAAAAUUAACCCACUUGAUAUAAGAAAAC